AGUUGAAAUGUUAAAUGAAGUACAGAAAAUGAAAAAAGGCUCAGAAAUUAAUCUCUCGGCUCUUGCAAAGAAAUACAAAAUUGAUGGAUUAAACGGUAAUAUGGUUGUCCGUGAGUUCUUGGAACAAAAUAAUGUUGAUAUAACCGCCUUUAGUAGUACUAAACUUAAUAAAACUAGAGUAAGAAGAAAACUCAAUAAACUAUCAGGCAGUGGAAUAUCUGUGCCAAUCCCACGUUCAUUUAAAAAUAUUAAAGAAGAUUUAAAUCAAAAUAUCACUUCUGGAAAAUACAUAUUAGGAACAUUGAUUGAACCUAAAAAAUAUUCAUCAAUUUCUACAGAUAAACAUGGAAAAAUAGAAAUUUCCAAAUCUUCUAUUUCAGGUAGAAAGAUUUCAUUGCAUGAAUUACGCAAAAAGAUUUUUGAAAAUCAUAUAUCGCAAAAAAAUUAUUCGAGAAAAUCCGACAGGAAUAUAUAGCAGAAAUUUGAUAAUUUGGUCUGAUCAUGCUUCAAUUUUAAACUCGGGUCACUUAUUACUCACUGUCAAACCAAUUUAUGAUGAUGAACUGUACUAUAAUGAUAAGGAAAUGUUUGACAAAACUGGUAACCAUUACAAUGUCCAAGAGUUGGUGGAAACUCCUCAUUUGUACAUAUUUGGAUGCAUAAAUGACACAAUUGCAGGGAAACUGUUUUAUGUAGAGUCUAGAUUAGAAGAUAUUAAAGAUUUGCAUAUUCCCAUAAAAAUUAACGGAAAAGAAAUUCAUGACGUCUUAAGAUUUUUUCACGGUAUUAAUUCUAAAAUGUAGUCACUUUUUACAUGACGGAAAGCAAAAUGGCGAGGAGAGAGAAUGGGGGAAUUUUAUUCAAGAUGUAGAAUCUUAAAUGAAAUUUGAACUUGGCAGUUUUUUUAAAAUUAAGAUUUUAAUUUUACUGCAUUUUUUAUGUAUAUCCACAAAAAUGAAGAAUUAUGAUUUUUUCAGAGAUAUUUUGCUUAAUUUAACUUUUCCAGGGAAAAAAAUUCGGGUAACGAUAAAUAUGAAAAACAGUACUUAAAAUUCAACCCUGUUAUCAGUUGUACUUUAAUGUAAAUUUAGACAUGAAAUGUUGAAAAAAGUUUUUUUU